AGCGACUGUCAAUGUCGGACUACUCACUUCGUCAAUAAUUAGUAAUAGUUUUUACUUAAUUAUUAAUAUUUUAUUUUAGUUUAUAACCAUGUUCAACAACGUUAAUAAUUUCUCGGCGGAAGCCAGGCCAGUAGCCUACCCAUUUAAAAUGGUGUCCGACGAAGUCCAGCAGAACAUGCUCGGAUGGAACGUACCAUCUGAGUACCAGGACCUGGUCCACGAUCACUGGAGGAACUUCGCAGCUAUCGACAAGUUCUGGCACUAUUGCCUGGCGCUCAUAUAUAUGAUACUGUGGAUCUCCUCUGUAUGCGGCAAUGGAAUUGUUGUUUGGAUAUUUAGCACCUCCAAAUCCCUUCGAUCAGCGAGCAACAUGUUUAUCGUGAACCUGGCGCUCUUCGACAUGGUGAUGAUGAUAGAAAUGCCGCACCUGAUCAUCAACUCGUUCUACCAGAAGAUGAUUGGUUACCAGGUCGGCUGUGACAUUUACGCAACCCUCGGCUCCAUAUCUGGUAUCGGAGCUGCGAUUUCCAAUGCUGUUAUCGCUUAUGACAGAUAUAAGACGAUUUCGUGCCCUAUCGACGGCAGAAUCAACAAAGUGCAGGCUUCCAUACUAAUUGCCUUCACGUGGUUUUGGACUCUGCCCUUCACAAUUCUGCCUCUUUUGAAGGUCUGGGGCAAAUUUGUUCCUGAGGGCUUCCUGACAACAUGCUCAUUCGAUUACUUCACUGAUGACGAAGAUACUAAAGUGUUCGUGGCCUGUAUUUUCGUAUGGAGUUACUGCUUCCCCAUGGCUCUCAUUUGCAUCUUCUAUUCGAAGCUUUUCACAGCGGUCCGGCUUCACGAGAAAAUGUUGAAAGAACAGGCGAAAAAGAUGAACGUGAAAUCCUUGGCAUCGAACAAGGAAGACGCGGGGAAGAGUGUUGAAAUAAGGAUUGCGAAGGUCGCUUUCACAAUAUUCUUCCUUUUCGUUUGCGCGUGGACGCCGUACGCUGUUGUCACUAUGAUCGGUGCUUUUGGGGACAGGUCGCUGCUGACACCUCACGUGACGAUGAUCCCGGCUGUGUUCGCCAAGAGCGUGUCGUGUAUCGACCCUUGGGUAUACGCCAUCAACCAUCCGAGAUACAGGGCUGAACUUCAGAAGAGACUGCCAUGGAUGGGUGUCCGGGAACCCGAUCCAGAAACCCAGUCCAGCAACGCUAGCACUACUACGCAAUCGCAAUCUGCAGACGCAUAAACUAUCCAACACAAUACAGACUAACUACGAAUUACGAUCGACCACAAACCGACAGACCAUAGGCAAGAAACUGGACACAGAUUAGCAUACGCUCUUUAUACUGUGGCAAUGAAAGUACUUACUGUGUACAAUAAAACACGUAAGGUACAGAAAAAAUUGGCAUAGUUGCUAUUUGAAGUAUAGAGAUGGAGAGCGUAAUAGAUUUAUAUUUUUUUACUUAGUAUUUCCCGUAUUUACAACAUAGAUGUUGUAUGUAGCCUGUAUAUACCCUGUUACAUUUUGUUCAAGUGAAAGUAAAAAACCAAAAAAAAAAUCAACGAAUGAUCCCGACGACAAUGGCAAAUGUUUUGAAGCAAAUAAAAAAUUUAACAACCG